UUACUUUACUCGAAGAGUUUAGGAAAGGCAGCGUAAGCUUCAGAGGAGAUUGUUGUUGGACCAGCUGAUUACGUAAAGGUGAUGCGCCUAAUUCAGAAGAGAUAAAAGUUUGACCACGCGUAGACAUAAGUAGUUCUGUUUUUCAAAAGAAAAAAAAAAGUUUUAUUUCGGGGUCGUUUGGCACAAAUAGCCCAGCUUAAACUGGUUUUGAACCCAGCGGGACAUGGCAGAGGGAGACUUCUACACUAUGGGAAGCCGACAGAGGUUUCCCAGGGACCCGUUUGGAGAAUCACCGUUCAGAGAUCAGUCGCCGUUCAGGGAUCAGCUCGCAACGCGGUUUAUGGACGAUGACUUUGGUAUACCACCUUUCCCCGAUGAUCUGGCAAUGGACUGGCCGGGCUGGGCUCGGCCGGGUCGGCUCAGUACGCGCCUCGGCACCUCUCCCUUCGGCAGCAGUUUACGCACAGGUUUCCCCCCGCGUCAGUCCACAGGAGGCCCCACGCUGUACACCAGCAGGUACGGCGAGCCUUCCUCUCGGAGCUCACCCACCACCACCAUGGGGGAGCCCUGGAAAGUUUGUGUGAACGUACACAGCUUCAAACCAGAAGAAUUAAACGUCAAAACGAGAGACGGAUUUGUAGAAGUGUCAGGAAAACAUGAAGAGAAGCAGGAAGAAGGAGGCAUAGUGACAAAGAAUUUCACAAAGAAGAUACAGAUCCCAGUCGAUGUGGACCCACUGACUGUUUUCGCCUCCUUGUCCCCUGAAGGCGUUCUUAUUAUUGAAGCGCGGCAGACGCCUCCAUAUCACCUGUUCAGCAAUGAUGGCUCCCAAGGUGGUGACACACUGGAGGUGGAGGCCCCCAACCCCCAAGAGGCCCCAGUGGUCUAAGCCCCCACCUCCCAACUAACGUAACAGAUCAUCUGGCACAGACAAUUUCAAGUUUGUUAUGAAAUGCGUGGCCUUCAGCUUCAUGUUGUUAGACACCUGGAAAUAAGAUGUCUAAGAUUUACAAGGAAAAUAAGUCCCAUUUGAUAUGCUCAAGGCAAAACUGAGUCACAGAGUUAAGCAUCUGACUUUAAUGAAAAUGAAAAUCUGUUUUUCUCGUUGCAGCUUUCGAUUUCUUAAUCAUUUAUAUUUAUCUAUAUUGAUGUACUUUGUAUUAGUGGCAGAAGAUUGCUAUUUCUUCAUUCACAGAAAAGAUUCUUUGAAGAACUCACAAAUAUUUUCAGAAUAGUAAAGUGCUUUUAAACUACUUUGUGGAAUUUCUUUUUUUUUUUUUUUAAAGAUCAUUGGUUGUUUAUUUUUCAGAAAUUUGAAAGCUGUGCCCUGUGACUCAACUGUAGUGGUAAUGAUUGUAAACUUGAGCCUAGAAUUUGGGGUACUGUUUCAACAGCUAGAGCACAUUAAGCCUUCAGUGUGUUAACUUGCCUUGUGCUGCAUAAAUAAAUCGUGCAUCUUGAAGUUGUGCAAGAACUGUUGGGCCACUGAUACAUUAUAAGUCACAGCAUCCUUAAUAAGAAGUAAAUUAAUAUGACAGUGUGUGUGUGUGUGAACUUCUCAAGAUCAAAUUUAUAUUUUAUUCAUGCAGUUAAUUUAGUGGAACAGUCUUUGCAUAAAACAUAUUGUAUGUGAUUUAUUUGAUUUUGAAAGAAAUGACAAAUGUGCCUUUAUUUACUUGAGUGCCCUGAAAUUCUUCAGUUCCACGGUUGUUUAUCUUUUGAGUUAAUGAAUGUCAAUGAAACUGACAAGAAACGAAAGUAAUUUACCUUUUCUGGCUCCAUUAGAGGGUGAAUUGUGUGAAUUAAUACUGUAUUCUGUAUUGUAUAUAUACUUUUAAUAUGCUUCAAUAUGUGCCAAUUCAUUCUAAAUAUUAAUCUGAAGUGUUCCAGGUUUUUGCAAUAUGGUUUGAAUUUUUCUUUUCUAUUUGAGCAUUCAGAAAGACAGCUGCAUGAUAGUUGGAGCAGAUAGGCUGACUUGUAUGCCAAAGAUAUUUGUUUCCUGCUUUCUGUUCCGUUGAUGUCUUUGUACUGGCUGAUGCAAUAAAAAUGUCCAGCCAA